AAAAGUCAUGAUGACUCUUCGGGUAUUGCACUUAGACAGAGUAUUUUAUAUAUCGUCCUUUUCUCUUUGUUUCUCUAUCUCUCUAUACCUACUGAAUUCUUUAACUGCUUCUGAUAUAAAGAUGAUACGAGCAGGACCAGUGGGAGGAAAUGGUAGUUCCAAUGGCGAAGUUGGAUGGGACGAGAAGGGACGCACCAUGAUCUCUCAAAUAUAUGUUUCUUUCGACGACGAACUCAUAUCAUCCGUUCAGUUUGGCUACUUGGAGAAUGGAGCUCUAGUACUGUCUGCAAAGUAUGGUGUCUCUGAGGGACACAAUUUUCGAAUUGUGAGACUGAAACAAGAUGAAUAUGUGACCGGAUUGAGUGCUGUACUAGGAUGGAAUAGAGGGAUCAAAAAUUUGACGUUUCACACUAACUGUGGGAUGCAUGGACCAAUUGGAAGAUCAGACAAUAAGUAUGGGAGUGGUUCUAAGGUAGAAAUUGAUCCGGCAAUAUGUGAUAGACGUGAGUUUGGUGGUUUCUUUGGGUCUUACAACAAAUACAAUCACUAUCUGUCAUCGAUUGGUAUCUACGUGAGUCCCAUUGCACGGCCUGACACAGUGGUUAAACGUGAAAACAUUUGA